AUGCCACCCAAGAAAAAUGCCUCCCAACAAAAGCCUCGCCGCAUGAGGUACAUUAUAGAGGAGGUGCCUGAUUCAGAUUUGUUUAUUCCUAUGCCACAAUUGAGUCAAGUGGCAAAUCAUCCUACUUCACAUCAUACUCCACCUCCUAUGCAUCCUAAUCCACCUCUUAUGAAUCCUACUCCACCUCUUCAGCAUCCUACUCCACCUAUGUCUAGAUCUUUCACUGGAUUACUAUACACACCUCCUGGAUGCACACCAUUCCUGCCCAUAUCCCCGACAACUUUUAUUAGUCCUACUGGAUACACACCAUAUUUUAAUACUAGAUCGAGUACAUAUUUUCCUAUGCCUUCCAUGCAGUCGAGUGAACCCAUUCAUAUGGAGCUAGGUGGAUCUAACAUGCCUCGACCCAUGCCUUCUGAGGAUGAUCAUGGAGAUACCAGUGCUUCUGGAUAUUCUAGUGCUCCUGGAGAUACCAGUAGUGCUCCUGGAGAAACCAGUGCUCAAGAAGAUACAAGUGCCACUGAGGAGCAAACAAGGAGGGAGAACAUCUUGAGGAGAAAGGAGCCACAAAAACUUGGAUAUUAUCAUGGCAGACUUAUCAUUUGGCCUGACUCUGGAUCGAUCUUUCCCCAUCAGGAAAUAUCGAUCAUAACAGGAAUUAUUAAAGAGAAGUAUACAAAAUUUUGGCCGAGUUAUGGAGUUGUACUUGAAGAUGACAGAAAAGAUUGGUUUAAUGCAUUUAAGGAGGAGUUUAAUAAACAACUUUCCUUACAGUUGUCACAACAUCCUAAACUUGAACCACCACCAGGAUAUCCUGUUGAUCCUGCAUUGGGUUUUAGGAUAUGGUAUGAUGUUUCAGGUGGGAAGAAGAAAAAUGGGAGAGUGUAUAGUGCUGAAGGGUAUGCUAAAAUUAUCAAGCGGCGUGAUAGGAGUUUUAGAAUGAGACUUGCUGAUGGAGAAUGA